GGUUCCUGUUCCUGCAGAAACAUAACGUGCAGUUCCCCGUCUCAGUGGCUGGGUUCCUGCUCCACUCUGCCUCAGUUAUUCUGAGCAACUUUGUGGACGUUAUGAAGACUAUAAAGAUUCUUCUUCUUUACAGAGAAAAGGAGGAAGUUCUCUUCUGAUCUACUUUAAAGCAACUACAGCCAUGUCUUUUAAAACUUAAUUCCUCUCCUUUUGCAGUUCAACGGAAAAACAUCUCUGCUAAUGUUGUUUCUGGUUAGCGCCAACACGGACAGCAAAGGGACAGGUUAUCUGAUCAAUAAAUAUCAAUGUAAAUAAAGGAACCUGCUACUGAUUUAGCAUGCCGUCUUUAUGAAGAUACUAGGUGCGCACAGCUGUGCAAAGUAACUCGCAAUACAGUUUCGUAACUGUCAUAUGCUCAUCAUCUGUUUAAGCGGUGCACUGGCGAGGCUGUCGUUAUUGUGUGCUGUCAUACUUGCAGACAUUGUUCGAAUAAAUUCAAAUACCAGACCAACUGGCGCCAUCCCAGCAUCGCCGAAGAAACUGGGCGAAGUGCACAGCUGCUUCUGAAUCCAAAGGAGAAUAACCCACAUUUCCACACCACUUGCACCACCCCUCUCCGGGAGCAUUUGGGGGGCGGGCUUGCAGUAUGAAAGAGCAACACAUUCGCAGCCCGAAUUAGGACACAGUUGGACACAGCUGACUGGUUUCCAUCACUCCGCGCUUGUCCACUGUGCUUCUGUGUCCUUAUCCUCAUGAAUACAGUGCAAAGCGAGCCCCGAAGGUUCGAGAGAAAGCAGGGCUUACUGUGGGGUUGUCGGAGAAUAAGAGCUGCCCGAUCUGCGAUGUGGGACAUGCCAGGUGAUGCACGUCCCGAAAGGCUUAUAAGGAACAACUGAACUUAAGAGCAUCUUCAGCUGUGCCUCAUGUAGGUGUGAGCGUGUGGGGAGAGAUGGCUGGGACUGUCACGCCUUGUAAUAACAACUCGCGGGUAAACUGCUCAGAUCUGGAGUGUUACAUGGUGCUGACAGACGUGGAGAAGAGCGCCAUCGGCUUCAUAUGCAGUCUGGCGGGGCCCGUCACCUUCAUGGAGAACGUGCUGGUGCUGGCACUGAUCUGCGCCUCCCCGGCGCUGCGCCGCCGUCCCUCCUUCGUCUUCAUCAGCAGCCUGGCCCUUGCCGACGUCUUCGCCAGCUGCUUCUUCACCAUCAGCUUCCUGGAUUUCCACCUGCACCUCCGGCGGGACGGCCCCCACGCCUACCUUUUCAAGUUGGGCGGGGUCACCCUGGCCUUCACCGGCUCCGUGGGCAGCCUCCUGCUCACCGCGCUGGACCGCUACAUCUGCAUCCACCGGGCCUCCCAGUACAAGAGCCUGGUGACCCGCCGCCGAGCCCUUGCCAGUUUGGGGGCCCUCUGGGUCAUCACCACCCUGGUGGCCUUCCUGCCCCUCCUGGGUUGGUCCUGCCCCACUGGGCUGGACCCCCCCUGCUCCCUCCUUUUCCCCUACAUUGACAGCUACUACCUGGCCUGCUGGACAGGCUUCAUCCUGGUGGCACUGGCGCUCAUCCUGGGUGCCUACGGGCUGGUCCUCUGGCGGGCACACCAGCACGAGGCCGCCAUGGUGGGCCUUCAGAGCAGCGCGGGCGGCCAGGCACGCAUGCGCAUGGACAUCCGACUGGCGCGCACCCUGGGCCUCAUCCUGCUCAUCCUGGCCGUGUGCUGGCUGCCCGUGCUCUCCUUCAUGCUGGUGGACGUCUCCACCACGCUCACCAGGGUGCACCAGCGUGCCUUCGCCUUCUGCAGCACGCUGUGCCUGGUGAACUCCGCCGUGAACCCGCUGCUGUAUGCGCUGCGCUGCCGCGAGAUGCGGGGAGCCUUGAUGCGGGUAUUGCGCCGGGGCCGGCGGGUCGCCCGCAGGUGCAUCUCUGGGGGGUCCACGGAGGCCGGCGGCCAAAGCGGGGGCGGGGUCAGCGGCAGCAGCGACAACCUGGCGUCCGAGGCGGAGGGCGGGACAUUCACGUGCUCUGUCGUGAAUUCGAUGGCCGAAAGGGUGGAAAAACAGCAGAUGGAGGUCCUCAGGAAGUGAGCCAGGCCAUGAUGGGGAACACUGGGGAAUGAGGAGAGGAGAGGCCAUCAGCUCCGGGACAAAUGGAAAAGACUCAGGCACGCUUUGUGUGUUUAUCUCGGGGCCAUGUGAUCAGCGCAGUGUUUUUACAGUUUCGUGUUUCUGGUCAGCAUAUAAAAUAUAUUAAAUGCUCCUAAAAUAUUGUCACAUUAAUCAAAUGAGUGCAUUUCCAUGACUUUAUGUCAGUUUGAAUGUAAUUUAAAAAGUGUUUGUUUCUAUUUAUUACAACCACAGAAUUUUGGACGUUUAUUGUGUUUUUCUUACAUUUCUGACGCGACAAAGUAUCUUAAGAGUAAAUAGUUUAACUGUAAAAUGGCUUAUUGGUAAUGGUAACACUUGUGUUAUUGUUUAAACUUCCAUAUUGUAUUCCGUAUGUUGUGUGCAGUGGGUGUUUAUAUAUGAGGUGACGUUCCCAAUAUAGGAUCCUUGAAAUAACCUAAAUAAAAUCUUCUGAAAAAAGAAUUAACUGCAAAGAAACAUUCAAGGUGAAGGUGACGCUGAACGACUUGAGCGGAGCAAAAAACACUUGAUGUUUCUGCGAUGUUUAGAGGAAAGAUUUGGGACUCUGCUAUUUCAUAAUUGACCUUCCGAGGUAAUCGUGCAGCGCUGUUGUGACAGGUUUUGUCAAGUCACUACACUUUUCAUCACUGCGUCUUGUGCAGAAGGCAGGCUUCUUGUGACCAUUACUGUGCCUCAGGUGAAUGGUGUCAACAGUGAACCCUUGGUUCAUGAGAGAGGCCGCGUGUGCUUCUGUAGUGUGUGCUGUAGUCUGUUUUUACGUCCAGAUGGGUCCUUCCAUCAUGGGGAGAAUGUGCACAUCAUGUGACCAGAGAGAGAGUGUAAAACGGUGAUGAAUGACCCACAGCUGCAGCUAAAGUUUUCUCUGCUUAGUUCUAACACAGAGUUACGUAAAGGCUAUUACAUGGACUGGGGGGCUGGGUUGGGUUUAUGCAGUGCAUGAUGCAUUUUUACUAUAGAAAAUACUACAUACACCAUAAUUGCAUCGCGUUUCCCAAGAGAAUUUCUCACAAGCUGUAACAACAGAAAUUAAAUUAUCCUUUAUUUGGCAUUUGCAGAAGUGUGAGUACUGGUGCACUGGUGGGCUUCGCUCUGCUGCCCUAUCUUGCUAUCCAUGAGGAUAACAGGCAGGUGAGAGCCUGGGGGUGCACGAUCAGCCAGUGUGCAGUGGCAUGAAAGUGGCAGUGACGGGUGACUUUGUGAUCACAGGCACAAAAGGCUUAGCCUGCUGAGCCAUUCACUGCCCCCUUUCACAUCGCACUGGAAAUGCAACAGUGGGUACCAGUUGUACCAAUUGUCAUUUGGUGUUUAAUAAAUGUGACAAAAAUAAAAUGGCUUCAAAGGA